AAUAGUAUAAUACAAGUGCACAACAUUUGCGACAUAAAGUUAAGACACUUUGCCAUCAAAUAUCCGAUACCUAAGACUACGACCCGAUUGCCAUUCAAACGUAAUCAGUUGGACCUAACUGUCAGCGACGAUGAACUAAACCGGUGGCUAUACCGACAGUUUCCGACCAGUAAUCUAGCGGACAAUGACUACCGGCGACAGGUUCUCAGUGCCGAAAUAGCUACCGCUUAUUACUAUCCGCUGUGCGAGGACAGGGACCGCUACUGUCAUAUGUUACAGUUUAUGGUCUAUUUUGUUAUUAUGGACGACAAAAACGAUGAACCGGCCGGUCCGUUAGGUAUCGAAAAUUGGGAUGAAUGUUGCCGUGUUUGGUCUCAGGUACCGAAACUAGUGGCCAGUAUAGGUGGUAACGGCAGCGAUGGCAGUAACGGUGACCAAAUCAGUAACAGCAGUAGUAGUAUUGGUAGUCAAGUACCGGCGGUAGAGCCCUAUGUUAGUCAAAUAGAGCCGACAUUUACCGAUAUUUAUCGGUCAUUCACUAGUCAACAGUGGCGUCGUUUUGUCGACAACUGGUUGGACUACGGGAGCGGUAAUGUCGAACAAAAUGCUUACAAUGGCCGAUGGUUUUCAUCUGUGGAUCAAUUACUUAAAAAUCGCCGCAAAACUGCUGGUGUAAUACCGACGACAAUAACCCUGGACUAUGCCUACAAGUUUGAGCUACCGGAGCGCGACUGGUUGGACCCGCGUAUGCAAACAUUGAUUCAAUUGGCAACCGACCAGAUUAUAUUAGUCAACGAUUUGUUUUCGUUUGAAAAAGAGCUAAUGGCCAACAUUGGACAACUACCUGUUACUACUACUACGGGCACCGGUAGUGAUGAUGCUGAUCGUCAGGUAUUGCCGCAAAUGGCCAACACUGUGGCCAUAACUGCUGUCCAGCGUAACUGUCCUAUAGUUGAAGCACAGACAGUCAUUAUCGAUACUAUUGAACAAUUGGAGUCAGAAAUCAUAAAACUAGUUAUCGAUUGGGAAACCGGUGGCCGCCAGUCGUUACCGUUAAGUACCGGUGCCCGUCAGUUCAUCAAUGGCCUACUUUAUAUGGCCGGCGGUAACUAUAUGUUUAGUAUUGGUUGCGAUCGUUAUAAUAAAUUCAAAUAAAUAAUUUGCUGACAUUUUUUUAU